UAGACCUGUUGGUUGAGUGCUAAGGUGAUGAAGUCCUGACCUCUGAGGUCGUGAAGAAGAGAAACCGCCAUCAUGUCUGAAAAGAAGAUGACUUCGAGCCGCCGGCAUCACCUGAAGAGUGUGAUGCUCUCAAUCGCGGCGACCAUGAUUGAGCAGGAGAAGAAGGACAUCAUAGCCGCCAAGGCGGCCUACAUGGCUGAGCACUGUGCCAAACCCAGCGUGAGCGGAGACCAGAGCGCCCUCAUGGAUUUCUGCAAAAAGCUGCACGGCCUCAUCGACAAAGUGGAUGAAGAGAGGUACGACAUGGAGGCGAAAGUGGUCAAAGCUGAUAAAGAGAUUGAAGACCUAAGGAUCAAAGUGGUUGACCUGGCCGGCGUGAAGAAACCCGCUCUGAAGAAAGUGCGUAUGUCCGCCGACGCCAUGCUGAAGGCUCUGCUGGGCUCCAAACAUACAGUCAACAUGGACCUGAGGGCCAACCUGAAGCAGGUCAAGAAGGAGGUCAAAGAGGAGCCUGGGGAGGCGGUGGGCGACUGGCGUAAGAACAUUGAGGACAAAGCUGACAGGAAGAAGAUGUUCGAGACUUCCUAAAGAUUUGACCUCCGCUCCUGUAGUUUCUCUUUGGCUUUUAGCACUUUUUAUGGAAUUUAUGGAAUUUUUAAUUGAAUUGGAAUACCGUUUGUUUCAUUAAAUCUGUAAGUUUCAGUUUGGUCUGUCAUUGUAUAUUUGUAAAGCGCGUUUUAGGUGUGAAAUGACCCCUUGAAUUUUACUGGGUUAUCAGACUUUUAUUCUGUAGUGUGACUUCCUGUUUCCCUUCUGUGCUGAUCUUCACUUUUGACAACUUCCUGCUCUGUAGUCU